GUGCAUCGCCAUGAUGGAUCGAGGUAUCUGGAAACAAAACAGCGGCGGGUUGGUUCGUAUAAAGCGCCCGAUGGAGUGCCGUUUUACCGACAGAUGCCGCUGAAGGACCGCGAGAGGACGGCGGGUCGAAGAAGCGUUGCCAGGGAAGUUCUGCAGGAACGUGUCGUUUCAAUAAUUUCUGGACGUUUAUGCGCGAUGGACAUCAGAGAUAGCGAUAUCACCCGAAAGCUAGCCUACCGUAAUGCCCAACCUGGCAACACGGGAUCGAAUCACGCUCCUGUUUUUACGUCGCCAUGGCAACACGACCUGCGCGCUUCAGAUUUACUAACUUACUUCAGUAACUUUCUACGAGUUUUCCCAAUGAACCAUGGGCAACAUGUACCGAGGAUUCAAUAAAACAGAUAAGAUUUCUGCUGCACCCUCCAUACCAACAAAAUACCAAAGAGUGGUGAUAACAAAUCAAGACAAGAAGGGGUUUUCAUGUCAAGCUAAGCGAUUUCCUUCUCAAUUCUGUCUGAAUGACAAUCCAGGACCGGGAAGCUAUGGUUGUAUUUCCAGUGCUGAAGUUAAAAGUCCCUCUUUCUCAAAGAAAGGCACCACCGGCUUUGUUGCAUCGAAGGCUGCUAGGAGUUACAGUGACCCACAGAGAGCCACCCCAGGACCAAAUGUAUACAACAUACAAAGCUCAUUUAUAAACAAGCAUGACUUCAACACUGGAGUCUCCAGGGUGUUCAGGCUGCCUGUGGCUGUGCAGCUGGACGGUCCCAAGCAUAAAACUCCAGCUCCAAAUCAAUAUGAUGUCAGCUGUGUUAGCAGAGAGAGAAUCUCAGCAGUGGUUGGUACAUCAGCUUUCCUUUCAAAAACUGGACGUGACUCAUUUUGCCCAAACAAAAACGUCCCGUCACCAUGCCACUAUGAUGUGAACAGCCACUUAAUCCAGCACAGCUCCAAGACAGUCAUGUCCCCCUUCAGAUCAAAAACUCAGAGAAUUCCUGCUCCAGUGAACAACCAUGUGCCUGGUCCAGGGGCCUACAGUCCCCAUCAGGCCCCAGCACCGGUGAAGAGGACCAUCCUACCGAGGGGUUACUAUUUGGCAAUAUCAGCACCUCCUCUGAUUGUUCCUAAGGAUCCACCCUUGCCAGGCCCCGGACAGUAUGAUAUAGGGAGUUAUGACGGUGCGUCCAAGCAUCCCAUGCCCACUGCUGCUUUUGCAUCCAGAACUGAAAGAUUACCCCAAUGCUCACGGGCCGAAAUGAGACCAGGUCCAGGUUUCUAUGAUCCUCAGAUUUUGUCAAAGCAGUCCUUCUUUUACAACGACUCCAGAGUGUGGAUUCCUGUGUGAGACUCUCAAGGGAAAAACUGCAAAAACUAAAUUCUCCACACACACACAAACUGAUUAUCCCUGUCAAAAUACCUCUAUGCAAGGUAUGUGUCUCCAUGUUUAAAUGUACAUGAGUUCAUGAGCUCUGAUGUUUGUUUUUUUUAGGUCAGUAUUUGCGAAGAAGGAAGGAUGAAAAUUAAAUGUUUGCAACCAUUUAGUCCCUAUUUCCAUAUCUUAAGUAGGCCAAUGAGAUGUAAGACUGGUGAGAUAUUUUUGAAGAUGAUUCAUAUUCAGUGUUUAUCCAAAGCAGUGAUGUAAGGGAACAACAAAACACUCGAAAAGCCAUACGUUUCAUCCUCACCCUAGUUUCCUGAUGCUCUAAUCUGGAGAUGAUAAAGCAGUUAAGUGUUGCUGCAGUUCCCGACAGCUGCUGGUCCAGUCGGUGGUACGCCACAGCAACAGCUGAGAGCUUGAGAUGACACCACUGUGCCAACUGCUGGAGGGCAGGCAGAGGGGUGGAGUGUGACUCUCUAUGUGAGCAAUGUGACUGACUGGGCAUGAGGCAGGGCUGGUGUUUAACCCAAACGACAAAUGGAAACAUCAGUCACUCCCUGUAUCAGAUGUUAUAUUGUUAGUACAGUGGCUUUUGCACUUUAUUGACCCCACGUCUGUGUUGUUUUGAAGCACAAGUUCAACUUUUUGGGUUCUUUCUGGCAAAGAGUUAGAUGAGAAUAUUGAUUAACACAAAAGAGAUUUUAAUAAAUGUGUAAGGGCUCUCUCAUAGUGAGGAUGAUCACCUAAAUCUGCAGCUACGCUCAGCACUACGAUUUUUAGCAUUGAGCUCGUUACCCAGCUCGCAAAUCUGUUCUUAUGGUUCACCCUCGCUGCUCUCACAGCAUCGUUUUCAGAAAAAAGGGCUCUAAACACCCACUGUACACUACCUGCCCAACACCAAACAGCUGACACACACACAGUUAGAGACUAGCUGGUGAGCAUAAUGGAGCAGCUAAAAAGACAGAUAUUUCCCUCGGGCGUUGGUAGAGCUAAAACUGAGAAGUAUUGGACUAACAUUCACCAGGAGGCCAGAAACUCGACUCCAAAUGAAUGAUUAUGUCAAUCAAUAACUGCUGGAUGUUUAAAUAAUUUAACUAUUUGCUAACAAAUUCAUAUCAACUUAAAGAUUAUGAUAUGUAAAUGUAUUCAUGACUUGUUUCUACUGCCCCCAGGUUAGACAAAAAAAGUGCAAUCCUUUAGGUUUUCUUGAAAUCAAAGCUAUUUUAGAUACUUUUUAUAGCCAGCAUUUAUUCAAAGGUUUCAAUUCAAUGUAUAUGUAUACGUUCUAAUUAGUUCUCUAUAUAGCAGUUUUCACUGUUGGUAGCAUACUGUCCUGCUCCUAAGUGGAGUUUAAAAUGCCUUCAUAUACAAGAAACAAUGAUGCAUGUCAUUUUAUCUCACUGACAUUCUCAUUGCCUUAAAAGAUAUAACCUGUUGAUUGGAGUUGCUGAUAACACCCAGGCUAGCUGUUUCAGUUCUAUAUGCUAGGCUAUGCUAACAUCGUGCUAGCUUUAGCUUCGUAUUUACCACACAGAUAUGAGAGUUUUAUGAGUCUUCUUUUCUUGAAUAAACAAAUCUCCCAACAUGUUGAACUUGUGCUUCAAGAAAAAAUUUCGCUCUGGAAAGCUGAUACAAACACUGACGUGACUUUUGCAGCUGCUAACAUGGAAAUUAAUUUCAGGGAGACGAAUCUGCUCCCUGGAAAUAACUGAACAGAACAACAUGGUGCCAACGAGUUGAUAUUUACACCCUUUGCUUAAUUCAAUCUGCAAAGAGAGAGGAUGUCAACAGGGUCAUCUGUUCAUAACAAAAAUCAGUUGGAGAUGUUUUUUUUUCUUCUCUGCUCUGCUUUCAAUAAGAACAACUGCAGACAUGCCUGACUCCCACACUGUAGCAGCUGUAGUUAUAUUCAGACUCUGACUUCAGCAGUGUGCUCUCCAAAUAUGUGUACUCGCCCU